AUGAAUAAGGGUUUGACUCUCUCAUAUUCUAAAUAGUCAACUAAAUUAAACCUAGAUUAAUCCACAAAUCAGACAGAUUCUCCUAUAUUAUAGUUUCUCGAAAAAUAAAAAAAAAGAAAUAUCUUUUACAUUGGGUUUAGAGUAGUUGCUGUUUAAAUUUAACUAAAACAUGCUUAUUAUUUAGUAUAAUAAUUUGAUAGAAAUUUUAGAUUGAAGUAAAUGAAUAUGGAAAAAAAUGGAUAAUGAGAAUUCGUUUUAGUUAGUUAAUAAAAUUUAAGAAAAAUUUGUGUAAAAAAUACUAAAUAAAACUCACUCUUUCAUCAAAUUUUGUCUUUAAUUAAUUAAGUCCUGAUAACAUGAAAAAAAGAGCAUAAAAAAUUUAAUCAUUUUUAAAUUAAAUAGGGGUGUAAAUUAUUUAAAUAUAUAAAAGGAAUUUUAUGAUUCUGAAUUCUUCCUAUUGCUAAUAGUUUUUAUAAGAGUAAAAAUGUUUGGGAGAAAUGUUGAUAGAUUACACAGAAGAAGAAAACCUUUAAUUAUAAUCUUGA